UAUGUAUCAGUCGUUCCAAACAUCGUGCUCGGUGCUGCGGACCUCGAGAUUAGCUCGGCAUAUCUCCCCCAGCUAGUGCACGGGUGUGGAUGCCAGUUGCAGAGACAUGGGCCAUCUGGCCGAUGUGAGAGUUCAGUCCAUGUAUGGCAUUCUGCAGGAAAUAUCAUGCGGGGCAGACCCCACUGCGAUCCACUUGGUGACUCGAGAUAUAACCAAGGCUCUCUGUCAGAAGGAAGUCCUUCUACCUCGAUAUCGAAUGUCUCAAUACCACAUCCGAGCCAUCUAGUGGGAUGCCGUCCUACUGUCUCCACGACUGCCAUUAUUUUUACCGCACAGCCCUGCGCGGUUUGAAUAUAAGCACCACCAUCUGUACCAUCCAUGCUUAAAGUCAUCCUGCUGACCAAGAUGCCUUCCGCUACCGCUUCAGUCCGUACAUUCACGAUGCCUAAGUCUCUGAAUGAGUCCUUGGCCGAACCUGGUCAACCUCAGGCAGCAUCAGACAAAGGUCGUUCUCUUGAUGGUGCCAAGAAAGUCACAGAUCAGUACACCAAGGAUCAGAAAGACCCACUAGCGACCAGUCAACCACCAAAGACGAAGCAAGGAAUCACCUUUGCUGCUCAGGACAAGCUUCCUAAGCUACCCAUCCCCGACUUGGAGGGAACAACAGCAAAGUAUCUAGCCGCUUUGAAGCCACUGCAAAGCCCUAGAGAGCAUGCCGAAACGAAUCAAGCCGUAGAAGAGUUCUUGAAGAGUGAAGGACCAGAGCUGCAAGAGAGAUUGAAGAAGUAUGCAACUGGAAAGACGAGUUAUAUUGAGCAGUUCUGGUAUGACUCGUAUCUCAACUUCGAUAACCCGGUCGUGCUAAACUUGAAUCCCUUUUUCCUGCUCGAAGAUGACCCUACACCCGCGAGGAACAACCAAGUCACUCGUGCUGCAUCACUAGUCAUAUCGGCCUUGGCGUUCGUACGUGCUGUGAGAAAGGAGGAGCUUCCACCGGAUUCAGUCAGAGGCCAGCCACUUUGCAUGUACCAGUACUCGAGGUUGUUCGGAACAGCUCGUGUGCCGACCGAGAAUGGAUGUCACAUUGGCCAAGACCCGGAUGCCAAGCACAUAGUUGUGCUUUGUCAUGGUCAAUUCUAUUGGUUCGAUGUUCUAGACGAUAACUCGGACCUCAUCAUGACCGAGAAGGAUGUAUCAAUCAACCUUCAAACAAUCGUCGAGGAUGCUCAACAAACACCAAUCCAAGAAGCAGCAAAAGGAGCCCUUGGUGUACUCAGUACAGAAAAUCGCAAGAUCUGGUCAGGCUUGAGAGAUGUUAUGACCAGAGAUGAAGGAUCUAAUAACGCAGAUUGUCUUGGAAUAGUCGAUUCUGCCUUGUUCAUCUUGUGCCUGGACUACACGGAGCCUUCAUCUGGAGCCGAACUUUGCCAGAACAUGCUUUGUGGCACUAGCGAGGUAGAAAAAGGUGUUCAGAUCGGCACAUGCACGAACCGAUGGUAUGACAAGCUCCAGAUAAUCGUUUGCAAGAACGGAAGUGCAGGAAUUAAUUUCGAGCACACUGGUGUCGAUGGUCACACGGUCUUAAGAUUUGCAAGUGAUUUGUAUACGGACACUAUCCUUCGUUUCGCUCGUACUAUCAAUGGCCAAGCUCCAAGUCUUUGGGCAUCAACAAGUCCAGACCCAUCGAAGCGAGAUCCAGACAGCUUUGGCGAUGUUAAUACUACACCGCACAAGCUGGAAUGGGACAUGGUACCAGAACUUGGUAUCGCUUUACGUUUUGCUGAAACACGUCUCGCCGAUCUGAUCCAGCAGAACGAAUUCGCCACACUGGACUUUGCAGCAUAUGGCAAGAAUUUCAUGACUUCGAUGGGAUUCUCACCAGAUGCAUUCGUUCAGAUGGCAUUCCAAGCUGCGUACUAUGGCUUGUACGGUCGCGUAGAAUGCACAUACGAGCCAGCAAUGACGAAAGUCUACCUGCACGGACGAACAGAAGCCAUUCGUACAGUGACGCCUGAAGCUGUUGAUUUCGUUCAGACCUUUUGGGCUGAGAAUCCACCUCAACAAAAAGUCGACGCUCUUCGCCGAGCAUGCCAGAAGCACACUGCCAACACCAAAGAAUGCGCUAAAGCACAGGGCUGCGAUCGUCAUCUCUAUGCACUCUUUAGUGUUUGGCAAAAAGCUCUGGAUGAAGAUGGCGCCGAAGCAGCAUCCUCCAACGGAUUGAGCAGUAACGGCUAUUCUUCUCCUGUCGAAGGUGGCUCUGAACGGGAUCCUACAUCUGUAGUUGGUAGUCCAGGUCGCAACUCCGUUUUGUCUAUCGAUGGCGACGAAGUUCGCUCUGUACGCUCGAACGGUGGACGCGCUCGUCACAACUCUUCUCCUUCUCGUGGUCACCAAAGCAAUAUGCCCCUUAUCUUCGCAGAUUCAGGAUGGGACAAGCUUAACAACACCAUCAUCUCUACCUCUAAUUGCGGUAACCCAUCUCUGAGACAAUUUGGUUUCGGUCCCACAUCUGGAGACGGUUUCGGGAUUGGAUAUAUCAUCAAAGAUGAAGGAAUCAGCAUCUGUGCUUCCAGCAAGCACCGCCAAACGAAACGAUUCGUUGACGCAUUGGAGAGCUAUCUUCUGGAGAUCAGACGAGUGUUGAGAAUGACACAAAGAAGAGCACCAAGUCCAAAAGCCAGUCGAGCAAGAGAGGCGAGCGCUACGAGACCAAAGGCAGGAAGUAGGAUGAAGUCACGAGGACGUGUGAUUAAGGCCGAAGGAAAGAAGACGCCUGGCACAAUGACUCCCGUUGAUGAUAGCAGUGCUGUGAGUGAUGAUGAGGGAUUGGGUGGCUAUGGAUUCUUCGACGCAGGCAUGCUGUUGCAAGCUCUCAAGGCUCGAGGCGAAGGCCUCGAUGAUGCAAAGCCCGACGCGAAUGUAAAUGCUAGGCGAAGGGAGAUCGGGAAGAGGCUCAGGCUGAGCGAGUACUAAUUUCUCUGCUUGUCCUCUGGGCUGCAACUGUGAUCCUUCAACAGAUCUUAUGAGAAGUCUGUACUUACUCUUGUAUCUCAUACUUUGGAUUACCAUGCGUCCAUGUAUUUCCCUUCCGAGCGAUGCCGUUCCUUAGCGUAGUUUUUUGAAUCGAUACUUUUCUCAGAAUCUUAUUGCUUAUGUGAAUUGGGUAUGCUGCUCAUGCCAUCUGAUAAACCUCUAGCAUCAAUGAAGUAG